AUGGAUAGGAAUAGAUCGUCAAAGUUAAUUCAGAGUGGCCCAAUUCCUGACGCCGGCAUUAGCUCCGACUUUUUUACUAUCGAUCGAAAAGGUGAUCGCCUCAUUCCUGUUAAGGGAUAUGGAGCUCAUUACAAUCUACCAAAAUACCGACGAGCUGGACAAGGCCAAGUACUGGGCGCAGAUCCAAGAUACCGAUUGCACACGAAGGACUCAGCAUCUGAACCAUCCAAGCCCUUGUUCUCUCGCAGAUUUCAACAGCCAAGGCGGCUUCUUCGUGUGCGGACCAAACCUGCUUGCUCUGCAGCUUACCUGAAGCAAGAGAAUGAUGCCCUAGCACAAGACUUUCUACCACUUGAUGAUGCAGCGCACCAUGGCCCGGGCACAGGAGCAGAAGACGCCGGUUCGGAUGAUGAGCGUCACGCUUAUCGGUCCAUUCACGGCAAAGCAAAGGAGGAAGACAACAUCCCCCGCGACAUGGAAUUAGUUUCAGAUGAAUCAGAUCAGAAAGAUGGCUUCUCAUCGGAACGAAAAAAUCGUCAGGCGGAGCUCUCCCGCGCUGUCAAUCUCAACCCUUCUGACAUUGCUGCUUGGCUGAGGCUCAUUGACCAUCAAGAAUUCAUGGUCCUUGAUCCGAACGAAGAACCCCGCCUCCUGACCUACAAUGAGCAGCAAGGUGUGUCGGACGUCAAGUUGUCUCUCUACGAUAAGGCCAUAAAAAAAUCUGGAGACAGUCCUCACAAGGAUCGCCUGCUUCUGGGCAGACUUCAAGAAGGCGCGCAUCUUUGGGACGCAGAAGAAUUGACGAACCAAUGGAAAACGACUCUACAAGAAAAUUCAGGGUUCAUUAGUCUUUGGAUCAAGUACUUAGACUUUCGCCAGACUGACUUUCAGCACUUUGACUUUGAAGAUUGCAUGGAGACAUUCACCGAGUGUCUUGAUCUCAACGCGUCCAGCUUCAGCGGGACCGCCAAAUCCCAAGUUCAAUGCUACAUUUUCCUCCGCCUGACACUAUUCCUCCGUGAAGCCGGUUAUCUAGAAAUGUCGGUGGGUCUAUGGCAAGCGGUGCUUGAAUUCACCUACUUCAAACCAGACUCCUACACUGAAAUCACAGACAAGCAGGCUGCUCUUGCGUCUUUUCGCAGAUAUUGGGAGUCCGAGGUGCCACGCAUUGGGGAAGAUGGAUCACCAACUUGGCGCGACUGGAUCGAUCAACCACUGGAAAACAAUGUCCCGAUAGCUUUCCAUGAAUACAAAUCAUCUAUUGCCGCUGCCUUCUUGAUGAAGUCGUGGGAGGCGGCUGAGGAUGAGCGUGCCUUUGCCUCGCGAAUGCCAGCACGAACAUUUGAUCAAUUGGCACCCAGCCCGGGACCUGACGGAAAGGCGCAUUAUGUCGAUGACGUCUAUUCCAUUCUGCCCUUUUCUGACUUGGCCGACAUCCUGGGUUCAUUCUGGGAAAUGGGCGUCUCAGAGGAGCUCAUCGACAGCUUCUUGUAUUUCUGCCACUUGCCACACCUGACAAGAUGUACCAAUCUACGGACGACUCGCUUGUGGGCUGGUGACAGUUUCAUUCGAAAUGAGCUGCUCGACUACUCCGUGCCAGGGCUUCAUGACCGGGCUCCGCAAGGGCCAGAGGCCGAAGAACGCUAUCAGCGGUUCUCGCCUUUCUCUUUCCCAAUGUCGGACUUCUUGCCUACGUCAAGCACAUUGUUUCCAAGUCCAAGUGCCUGGUUCGAUUCUUUUCUCUCGUGGCGCCAACAGUAUAUCCCCCACGCAUCCUCGCUAAUUGACCGGAAAUGGGUACAGAUGACCCUACGACGGUUGGUAGAGCGCGGGCGCCCUCAAGAGGCAUUUGAUGAUGACUUAGCUGAGUACACCCUUGGGUUGAUGUUCGUGUGGGAUCCGAAAAAGGCAAAGCAAUAUGCCAAAAGUUUACUCAAGAAAUGGACGUCAAGUCUUAGAGUUUGCAAUGCUCUUGCUUUGAUGGAAUUGCGAAGUGGCUCACCUGCCGCUGCUGUUCGGGUGUGGUCAAGUUCAAUUACAUGGAGCAAAACCCGCCCACUUGAGAUCAGGAUUAACUCCGGGAUUCUUUGGAGUUCUUGGGCUUGGGAACUUGUUCAUCAGGGGUCAAUCUCUCAUGCUGCCUACGUUUUGCAUGCUAUUCCUGCACAGGGCAUAGAUCAGGACACGUACGAUAGUGUUAACCCGGCCAAUGUGGCCCCUCAACCGACUACGACGCUUCAGGUUCAAUCGUACUUGCGCGAAUGCCAAUCCGAAGCCUUGGCCUGCGAAAAUCCCCAUGCUUUUGUAGCAUACACCACCUGUUUCGCCCUUUUACUCUUGGUGGAACAGUGCCCUAUGCAGACCACACUUGAGGUAUUUUCUGAAGCUCUUCAGAAAUCGAACACCCUGUUUUAUGCAAACGAGAAACUCAAGGUGUACACCAGUGAGCUUUUACACCAGGCUCGAGUCGGACUACUCGGGUUCAAAUCCGAAUUGCUGGAUACGAAGCUUCCGCCAAAGGAAAUCCGUCAGAUUCUCCAAGAGAGCAUAUCACUGUUCCCCAACAACACCAUGUUCCUUUCCGUUUUCACACGCAAUGAAUCGUCCUUCAAUAUGCUCGACCGCAUUCGAGAUAUCCGGUCACUUACCAGAGAUCCUGAAAAUCGGUACAAGCUUGAUCACAGCCUGGGCUGGUCAGCGGCCGCAGCACAGGGUGUGCCCAUCACAACGCAUCUACUUCCGAUAUGGCGUGAACUCUCUCGUCCAGAUUGGGCGGGAGCCACUCGUCAUUCUACACGAGCUGCAUUUGAAAAAGCUCUCGGGGAUAUCGUGCAUGCCUCCCAGAAACCCAUCGGCAAUCUGAACCCCCGCGGCUUUGACACGGCUAGAGCCCGUUCGAACCUCGCGGUUUGGAAGCUGUACAUCAUGUUCGAAAUAUCUGGUGCCCGAGAUAUUGAGGCUGCAAAGGCCGUUUUUUACCGUGCUAUUCGAGCCUGUCCUUGGUCGAAACAGUUGUUCAUGCUUGGAUUCCGUUAUCUACAGCAUGACACUAUCCAAGCAGAUCCUAGCUUGAGUGAGACCUUGCUUCAAAAGAAGCCGAAAAAGCCGAAACCCACCGGACUAUCUUUUGACGAACUUCGAGUGCUGUAUAGCACAAUGAUCGCCAAGCAGUUACGCAUUCAUGUGGAUAUUAGCGAGGAAAUUCGGGACAUCGUUUCCAAGCCUACAGAAUGA